AUGGCCAAUGGGCCAACACCUGGACAGAUGAGGGCAGGGCAAUGGAAGCAGGAGCUGCCAAAGUUCAUCAGCCCUGAGCAGCUGCCCGUGGAGUUUGGGGGGACCAUGACUGAUCCUGAUGGCAACCCCAAGUGCCUGACCAAGAUCAACUAUGGGGGUGAGGUGCCCAAGAGCUACUACCUGCGCAACCAGGUGAGGAUGCAGUAUGAGCACAAGAUGACGGUGGCCCGAGGCUCCUUCGUGCAGGUGGAGAACAAAAUCCUGUUCCCGGGCUGUGUGCUCAGGUGGCAGUUCGCAUCACAUGGGGCAGACAUCGGCUUCGGGGUUUUCCUGAAGACCAAGACGGGUGAGCGGAAGCGGGUGGGGGAGAUGGUGGAGGUGCUCCCCAUCCGGCGCUACAAAGCCCACCUGGUACCUGAGGACGGGAGCCUCGCCUGCCUCGAGGCUGGCAUCUAUGUCUUGAGGUUUGAUAACACUUAUAGCCUAGUUCAUUCCAAACACAUCAACUCCACUGUGGAGGUGCUACUCACUGACCAAACCUUUGUGGAGAAGACGGAGAGAUCCUGGGGAUGGGAAUCCUACAACAGCUGCUCCCAGCCCAUCUGUCACAGUGGGUCAGCAUCUUAG